CUCAGGGUUGGGACGCUGGACCAGGUUCCCCGCGGGGAACAGGAGGCCAGAGCGGGCAUGGACGGGACUGAGCAGGCAGGGUGGACACGCUGUGUGUGUGGGGGUGGGAAGCGAUCUCUGCGAAGUCUCGGCUGGGAGGACGUGGGAUGGUGGCGCAGCUGGCUGCAGCAGAGCUACCAGGCUGUCAAGGAGAAGUCCUCUGAAGCCUUGGAGUUUAUGAAGCGGGACCUGACAGAAUUUACCCAAGUGGUACAGCAUGACACAGCCUGCACCAUUGCAGCCACUGCCAGUGUGGUCAAGGAGAAACUGGCCACUGAAGGCUCCUCGGGAGCAACGGAGAAAAUGAAGAAGGGGUUGUCUGACUUCCUAGGGGUGAUCUCUGACACCUUUGCUCCCUCGCCAGACAAAACCAUUGACUGCGAUGUCAUCACCUUGAUGGGCACACCCUCUGGCACAGCUGAGCCCUAUGAUGGCACCAAGGCUCGCCUCUAUAGCCUGCAGUCAGACCCAGCAACCUACUGCAAUGAACCAGAUGGACCCCCAGAAGUGUUUGACACAUGGCUUUCCCAGUUCUGCUUGGAGGAGAAGAAAGGGGAAAUCUCUGAGCUCCUUGUAGGCAGCCCCUCUAUCCGGGCACUCUACACAAAGAUGGUCCCAGCAGCUGUUUCCCACUCAGAAUUCUGGCAGCGAUAUUUCUAUAAGGUCCAUCAACUAGAACAGGAGCAGGCCCGGAGGGAUGCAUUGAAACAGCGGGCAGAACAGAGCAUCUCUGAAGAACCUGGCUGGGAGGAGGAAGAAGAAGAGUUUGUGGGCAUUUCACCCACAUCUCCAAAAGAGGCAAAAUUUCCUAUCACCAAAACAUCCACAUCCCUUGAAAAAGGACCUGAUCCCCAGCAGAGCCUCUCAGAAGAGAAUCUAGUGACUCCAGCUGAACUUCCAACAGAAGUGACUCCCUCAGAGAGCAGCGAGAGCAUCUCCCUUGUGACACAGAUUGCCAAGCCUGCCACUGCACUCGAGGCAUCGCCGCUGCCUAAGGACCUGCCCCAGAAGCUUCUUGAGGCAUCAUUAGAGGAGCAAGGCCAGACCCUAGAUGUGGGCGAGACUGGACCCACACCCUUAACUCAGUCCAAGCCUCACAUCCCAACCAGCCGCUCCAGUGGUCCAGAACCCAGGCCUGCAGCAAGAGUAGAGACUCUGAGGGAAGAGGUGCUCACAGACUUACGGGUGUUUGAGCUGAACUCAGACAGUGGGAAAUCUACACCUUCCAACAAUGGAAAGAAAGGUUCAAGCACAGACAUCAGUGAAGACUGGGAGAAGGAUUUUGACUUGGACAUGACUGAAGAAGAAGUACAGAUGGCACUUUCCAAAGUGGAUGCCUCUGGGGAGCUGGAAGACGUAGAGUGGGAGGACUGGGAAUGAGGGAAGCCAGAAUGAGCACCUCCCCCACCCACAGCACCUCCCACCACCCUUGCUCGUCUCAUCCCAGCCUCGGAAGACACUUGAGAAUGUCCCCCAAAUGACCUCUGUCAACAAGAACUUUGGGCACAGAUUCUGAGUUAUACCCUGUUGGACCUUUGGGCCUCCACUUACAUCUGGGAAGAGGCUCACUAAAUCCAAGUCAGGAACUCUGAUCUGUGCCAACCUUACGAUGACUUAAGGGGAAGGGAACCUACCCCCCUCACCAGAAGAGCCUACAUUUCUCUGCUAAACACCCACUGUUCCUGGAUACUCUUGAUGGGGAGUCCCAAAGGGUAGCUCUCAGCCCUCUCCUGUAUAGACAGAAGCUAACCCCCACCAGUCUCUUGAAGGCAACUAAGAAAACGCACUCUGUUCGUCAUAGGCAGACAAGGAAGACCAUGUCACCUGUCCUUGGCUAGACAGAGAUAGUGAGUAAAUUCUGAUUCCUAUCCCAAUGGGUAAGAGGCAUUUGCUUCUCUGGGGAAUCUCCCCAACUCAGCUAUUUUUCAUUCCUGGAAACCUUCCUUAUGGUUCAAAAUCUAGAGACCAAACCCUGAGUUCCCACACCUCCUUCCUUUCAUCCAGUCCAGGCUGGUAUGCCCCCUUCUUACCCAGGGGCUUCUUCAUGUCAGUGCACCCAAGUCCUUAGCCCGGCUGUGCCACCUGCAAGAGUCUUCUCUUGCAUUUAUUCCCCUCCCCCAAGAAGGGAGGAGACCACUUCAAGCCCUCCUGUGCAUUGCCUGGUGUGGGAUACCUUGUCCAAGCAGCAGCCCGCCCUGACUCCCCAGUUAGCUUAGAACACACGCCAGCUACCAGCGGUACAGAGCAGUGAUGAAAGCCGAAUACUUACAGCUCUGGUAAGCCCAGCCUCUCCACCUUGACCCUUCUGCUUCAUGAAGGAAACCAGAAGGGCUGAACUUGUUGACUCUCGUCAGGCUUCUGCAAAAGCUCUCCUUUGUACAGACAGACCAGUCCUUGUGGCUCUUUCUCACCUUCCACUCUUGGGGAAAUGAGGGGCUGCAGGAAUCCCUGGAGGCCCUGGUGCUUCACAGUGCUGCUCUGGUGUUUCUUGGAGUCUGAUGUGUUCGUGAUUUAAAGGGAUCGUGGUCAGGGAUGCCAAGAGGGUGAUGGUCACAUCCACAUCAAACCUUCAGUGAGGGUGGGAUGUAAAGAGUGCUGAAUCUUUUUUUGGUUUCGAUGGGAUGGGAUUUUUUUUUUCUCUUUGUAAUUAUUUCUUUAGACUAAUUAACCUUUUGGUUGUUUGUGCAAUAUUGUAUAUUUUAAAUUAUAAUGCAUCUCCCCAGAGUAUUUUGUAGCCAGGAAAAGAAAAAAAAAAAAAAGAUUCUAACAGCUGUUAGUUUUAUAAUUAAAAAAGAAAGAAAAAAAGAACUUUGUCCUGAACCUUUUCCAGACUUGCCAUUAACAGCAUUAAAGAGAUUCAGCAGAAGCUGUAAGUUGUCUAGGGGUCUGUUCUUCUCCCCUGCAGCAACUAUCUGGAAGCAGGGGCAGGACACAAACCACGUUUGGGGUUAACAUCCUACUUGGAACCCGAAGGGGCCUGGGGGUGAAUAGCAGGGACCCUGAGAAGUCCCCUACUUAUCCCAGACUUAGUUUUACCUUUAGGAUGAGAAAGGACCAGGGCCCCCAAUAGGCCUCUUACCAAGAGAAGGAGUCAAGAGGCCUUUGUUUCUGUAUUCCCAAAACUUCUGCUUUUAUUUGGAAAGCAAGUUGCAAACAAGAGUGGUUCCAGUUGAUUUCGGUCAUUUCUCCUCUCCUCCCCCUGUGUGUUUAUGAUUUUGGGGUCUAUUUUUAACUUUUAAACACCUUGCUUUGUAUGAAAAUCACUUGUCAGUCAUAAUAAAAGGGAAGCUUGAAUGAG